GUUGUUUCACGGAAAAUAUUAGAGAACAAAUCAAUUAUUCACAACGACGAACAUACAACGCCUGAUUCUAUUCGAUACUCAAGUCUCAAAGCUAUUAGUGUUAACUACUUAAGUGCAUUUACAAAUCUGUCACUGGCGCAUCGAUAUAUUACAGAGGGCAGCACCGACCCAGAACUUAUUAUGUCAGUCGAGCCAGUUUACGCCCGAGCCCGGGCAGCGACGGACGUGUCCCGGGGAGCGUGUCGCCCGCCUCCGUAAACCGACGAAAUCGUACCCAAAAAAACCACGCGCACAAUAAAAUACACCAAAAACGUGACACCAUGAAUAAAAAAAUGUAGGAAAACAGUGUUAACAACCACAUAAAUGGUACGCGUCGUGUUAAAAUCGUUCCGUAAAUCCCGGACUAUCGUUCAUCAGGAUAAGAGUGAGACGGCACCUAGGAAAAAGGAUAGGUUGAUACAUAAAACGUUUGUGAUAAUUAAAAUUUGUAAUUGAAUUCGAAUUUCGAAAUUGUCCCAUAGACAACAGUGGUUUGCGCAGUUUUUGUUGUGAAAUCUGGAUUUUGUUGUGUUUAAAUAGUGCAUUUAUUGAUGUAAUUUAUUAAUAUACAUACCUACCUACCUACUAAAUCCUGCCCUCGUACCAUCCAGAUCUUCUAAAAAAACAUUAUUUCUAAAAUCGAUUUGUUUUAAGAACAUAGAUAAAAUAUAAUAAAAAAGACUAUCCCGAAGAAAAUCUAGUGAACCAUAGACAAAUAAUAAAUAAAAUAAAUCUUUUUAUUUAUAAAAAUAAAUAAUAAUAAAUUAAUGACAAUAUAAAUGUUUAUUUAAAAAUACGUACAAUAAAAAAGGUGAAUACACUAAAAAUAAAUUAAUUACAUUUUUUGAACGAUCAAUUUAGCUGUCAAAGCAUGUUUAGGUCAAAUGCAUUUUUUUAAUUGCCUGUACGGGGUCGGCUUCUAACCUAAUUGAGCGUAGGUAACUAGAACGACUUUUUAAAACUAGCUUUACGGCUCUGAGGUCUAGCCCUUUUGAGUCUGUAACGAUGUGCUAGCCACAGUUUAAAAAUUAAAAGUGACAGAUGUGUAAGUGAUUGCAAAAAGGUUUUAUAAUGGCAACGCCGCCGGAUUCGCCCGUUGAAGAGCAUGCGUAUGAACUGGAGCCGUCGCGGGCACCAAAACCCAUACCCGUAGCAUUGGAAGAACUUUGCAGACUGACGAAAUUCACGAAGCAGGAGAUCAGGGUCAUGUAUAGGGGAUUCAAGACGGAAUGUCCAGAAGGCGUAGUCCACGAGGAUUCCUUCAAAGACAUAUACGCCAAGUUCUUUCCACAUGGAAACUCAGCGUUGUACGCGCACUAUGUGUUCAAGGCCUUUGACGUCAAUUGUAGCGGCGCUAUCAGCUUUAGGGAGUUACUGGUGACGCUGUCGACGCUGCUGCGCGGGUCGGUGUAUGAGCGGCUGCGCUGGGCCUUCCGGCUGUACGACGUGGACGGCGACGGCGCCAUCACGCGCCAGGAGCUGGCUGAGGUGGUGGUGGCGGUGCAUGAGCUAUUGGGCCGACGCGCGCCGCCUGGCUCGCCCGCCUCCCGCGUAGACGACGCUAAGGCUAACGAACAGGUGGACCGCGUGUUCAGGAAGCUGGACCUGAACCAGGACGGCGUGAUCACCAUCGAGGAGUUCCUGGAGUCGUGCCUCAAGGAUGACGUCAUCACGCGCUCGCUGCAGAUGUUCGACACGGUGCUAUGACGGCAGACUGACGUAGACUCCAGGGUCGUAGUAAAACGUACAUACCAGCCCGCGUGCCACUGCCACGGCUUCUACAACAUGGCGGCGGCGUGGGUCUCCCGCGCGAACUGCGCGCGCGUCGCCGCCGCCAUAGACAACUUCUACCGGCGCGUUCUGAAACCGAGGAUCAGGAGCGUACUGUUUUUCCAUUUCUAAACUUUUUUAUUGUUAGCAUGUUGUACGGCCCGAUUGGAAAUGUUUGAACAACGAUUAAAUAUUUUUUUUUCAAUUG